GCCACCUCCGCUGCUCGCCCCGGUCCCGGAGCGGUCCGGCCGGCCCGCGGGGCACAGAGCCGAGGCCCGCGGCCGGCCGCAUGAAGGACUGCGAGUACCAGCAGAUCAGCCCCGGGGCUGCCCCGCCGCCCGCCUCCCCCGGGGCGCGCCGCCCCGGCCCCGCCGCGCCCCCCGCUCCGGGACCCGGGCCCGCGCCCGCCGCUCCGCGCUGGAGCGGCAGCGGCAGCGGGAGCUUGGGCCGCCGCCCGCGGCGCAAGUGGGAGGUGUUCCCGGGCCGCAACCGCUUCUACUGCGGCGGCCGCCUCAUGCUGGCGGGUCACGGCGGCGUCUUUGCGCUCACGCUGCUGCUCAUCCUCAGCACCACGGUCCUCUUCUUCGUCUUCGACUGCCCCUACCUGGCUCGCAAACUGACCCUGGCAAUCCCCAUCAUCGCUGCCAUCCUCUUCUUCUUCGUCAUGAGCUGCCUGCUGCAAACAAGUUUCACCGACCCUGGGAUCCUGCCCCGGGCCACUGUCUGUGAAGCAGCUGCUCUGGAGAAACAGAUUGACAACACAGGCAGUUCCACAUACCGGCCGCCCCCUCGGACACGGGAGGUGAUGAUCAAUGGGCAGAUGGUGAAGCUGAAGUAUUGCUUCACCUGCAAGAUGUUUCGGCCACCCCGGACCUCACACUGCAGCGUCUGCGACAACUGUGUGGAACGGUUUGACCAUCACUGCCCCUGGGUGGGCAACUGUGUGGGGAGACGGAACUACCGCUUCUUCUAUGCGUUUAUUCUCUCCCUCUCCUUCCUGACGGCCUUCAUCUUCGCCUGCGUGGUCACUCACCUGACGCUGCGCUCUCAGAGAAGCAACUUCCUCUCCACUCUGAAGGAGACACCAGCAAGUGUGCUGGAGUUGGUGAUCUGCUUCUUCUCCAUCUGGUCCAUUCUGGGCCUCUCAGGGUUUCACACUUACCUCGUCGCCUCCAACCUGACAACUAAUGAAGAUAUCAAAGGCUCGUGGUCCAGCAAGAGGGGCGGUGAGGCCUCUGUCAACCCCUACAGCCAUAAAAGUAUUAUCACCAACUGCUGUGCUGUGCUCUGUGGCCCCCUACCUCCCAGCCUGAUUGACCGGAGGGGAUUUGUGCAGUCUGAUACCGUGUUGCCCUCGCCCAUCAGAAGCGAUGAGCCAGCCUGUGGAGCCAAGCCAGAUGCCAGCAUGGUGAGGGAAUUGAGACUCCAGGAAGGUGCAGGAGCUGCCUAAGGUCAUCCAGCUAACAGAGCAGCAAAUCCAAGUUUGGAACCUGGUCUCUGCCCCAACUGCUAACCCUUCUGCAUACCCCAGGAAUGGAUGAAAUCUUGGAGAAGCCCUAAACUCUGCGGGGGUUUGGAGGUGGUAUGGGCCAGCCUCCUUGAACUGAUGGGAAAGUUGAAGCCCAGGGGCAGGAACGGACCUGCUAAGGCCUUAUAACAGAGCUGGAAUGCAGUCCAACACCCUGACCUCAUUCCAGUCUCUCUCCAUAAAUUCCACACUAUCUCCUAGACCAGACUGGAGAUGUGGGGUACUCUGAGCCAUAGCACCUUGAAGAGAAUGGCCGAAUCACUUAAAAGUAAUCUAGGGUCCAUUCCUGAAAGCAACUAGUAGAGAGAGCUCUUACCUACAUAACUGGACUCUUAUUCACAACUAAGCAGGAAGAGAAGGUACUAGAGCCUUCUCUGAUCACUUGUUUAGUUUGAUCAUUUCAAAAACAGAGAAAUUUACUUUGAAGGUCUUUCUGGAAGCUAGCCAAAGUCCCCCUAGUUGCAAACAGAAAACCCCAUCUCUUUUCUCGGUGAAGAUAGAUACCAACUGGCUGCUGCUUUCUCUCUAGCACAACUCUUCAAAGCCUAUUACUUCAAAGCCAGCUAAGAAAGGACUGGUUGAAUAUGGGCCUGGGGAUGCUCCAGGAGGGUGGGAAGGUGGCAGGCAGAAUGAGGAAGGCCCCCCUUGGGCUGCAGCCCCAGCUCCUGUCCUGCUGACUCAGGCAGCUGAUGUGGAGCUUUGUGCCCUGCCAGGGCCUGCUGCCUCCUGCCCGCCUGGGCUCCUGGACUUGGGAAAUGGAAGCCUGAGGCAAAAGGAGGUAACAGACAGGAACUGAGUCAGGAUCAACAGGCCAGAGCUGGCAGGAGGUGUCAGGCAGCCUGACUCCCAGUUUCAUCCUGGAGCCUCAACAGAGGAGAAGGGGGAUGAGAGGGCUUCCUUUCCUCUGCUUGGGUAUGCUGAAGGCAUGGAACCUGUGAUAUGAGCCAGGCCCCCUGGCUGAAGUGGUGGGAAGAAAAUUCCUCCUUGAUUUAGGAGAAACUCUGAAAUUCCUAGGCCUACCAGGCUCCCAUUGUCUUGGGAUCCCUAGGUUUCCCCCAGGACUUAGGGAAGCCCAGGAUCGAUGACUAGUGCAAAAGAAGGUCCUUGAGGGCCCAGGGCCUGCUGAGACCAGAGGAGUGGCCUAGAUGGAGAGAGGAGGCAGUGCUGAGGGGCUGUGACCAUUCACUUUACACCUACAGGACCUGAGGCUUACAGAGGUUGUCACUUGGCCAAGGUUACCACGACUUGUAAGAACUGAACUCAGGCAGUUGAUUCUAAAGAUACAGGUUACUCUGUCUCAUGGAAAACAAGGCAUAUUAAUAAGUUGGAGAUGAUGGGAAAAAAAAAAAGUCGGGGAGUCUCUCUACCUAAAGACACUCUCUAUAAGUGAUAUUCUAAUGUAACUACUUUCCAUCAUUUUCUGUCAGUGCUCUGAUGAGAGCAAAGCCUUCAGGAUGUCAGGCCUAAAAUCCCUUCUGCUUUCUUUUAAACCCUACAAUAUUAGCCCACAUAAGUCCUUACUUUUUCUUGUGGCAAAGAGGCAGAUCUCAACUUCAGUUCUUCAGAGUUCUGGGCCUCCAGUGGGCAAAGAGAGUGCUCAGAUACUCAGGGGAGCUGGGGGAGACACAGGCCUGUGAAAUGGUCCCAGGUCAAGGAUCAAACUAGCUGGAUCCCAGAGGGGAGUAUCAUCUCUGAGCCAUUCUGAGCUUUGGGUAGGGCAGGGUAGAAAAGCAGGAAGCCACCCUCAUGGGCCCAGAGCCAGCACUCUUAGUUGAUUCUUGAUGAAACUUGAAGACAGGACACCCCCCCUCUUCAACUAGCAGCGACAGAAGGUUGGCAACAGAGGAAUCUCCAUCUCUGAGGCCUCUUUCAAGGGGUCAGAGAUAGGGCCAUGGUCAAAGAGAAGGAACAGGGAAACUUCUGGAAGACAAGUUUGGGGGAGACAUCACUCAGCUCAAACUGCCGCCCCAUAAAACAAAAUGAUAUGUGUUGUAGCCAUCUCCCUUGCCUCAGCCCCGUCUCUCCCCAGGUUGCUAGCGUUCCCCCCCAGGGGGAUCAAACUGGACUGAGCACCUUGGUGGCCUGCUUCCCAGCCUCUGACAGAAGGCAGUCUGAGUCAGACAGGAAAAUGGGACAGCCAACCAGCUGGGCCCCCACCCUUGGUGAGCCCAGCUGAUACAUGAUAGUAGGCAGCUUCAAGGGGCAGGUGACCUGGCAUGGAGAGCCAGAGGGUAAGUCCUCAGACAAGUGGCAACAGGCCACCAACUUGAAAGGGAAAAUUGUGCUGUGAUGGGGAAGGUGUUGAAGGAACUUACUGGGUGACUAAUUACAAAGGCUGGGCUGGAGCGUCAGAGGCCACUUGUUAAACUCUUCAUUAAGUGGCAACCUGAAAGCUCCUACCUAUGCAUUCUAGGAGCUCAGAGGGGACCUUGAGAGAGAAUGAGGACCAGGGGAUGGAAUGAUGUUUAGGUAGACUCAGGAAGAAGCCUGGAAGAAAGGUGUUGAGGGAAGCAAUAUAGGGAGCUGGUAGCUGUGUGACCU